AUGGAAGGCACUGAAUUACAACCACACAUUCAGCUACGGCAGGGGCAGGUUCAGCCAGUAGUACUAACAAUGGGGGACCCCAAACGUGUUGAUGCUGUCUUAGAGCUGUGCGACUCGUAUGAACAUCUGUCAUACAACAGAGAAUACAAAUCUGCAACGGCAGAAAUCGACGGAGAAAAGAUUACAGUUAUCUCCCACGGUGUAGGGGCAGCAGGCGCCAUGAUCUGUUUUGAGGAACUCAUUAAACUAGGGGCCAAAGUUAUCAUAAGAGCUGGCACUUGCGGCAGUCUGAAACCAGACAAGAUCAAGCCAGGAGAUAUAGUUGUACCAUACGCUGUGGCAAGGGACCCCGACGUUUGCGACAUGUAUGUUUCUACUAGAAUGCCGGCUGUGGCCACUCCUGAAGUUCAUCAAGCCCUCAUAGAAGUGGGAAAAGAAAUGAGCAUACCCUUGAAACCAGGGAUAGGCUUAAGCAACGGGCUGUUUUAUGGGGGCGGUGGAGAGCAUAUCCAAUGCUUGAAGAAGUGGGCGGAACUAACCGACUUCAUCGAUUGCGAAUUUCAUUGUCUAUUCCUUGUUGGACUGGUGAGAGGAGUACAAACAGGCGGGCUAGCCACUGUGGAUGGUUCGCCUCUACAAUGGGACCAGGCAAACUAUGAUCCGACGGGCUCGGCGUGCGUGGAAGGCAAAGUGAAGAUGUUGAAACUUGCACUUCGCACCUGUAGCAGACUCAGCAAGGAUCUAAACACCACAGGAAAAACAUCUGGAUAG